UGCCGCUCCCUCCUGCCCGAGCCAGAGCACUGGGACGCCUCCGAGCAGGAGCCCCCUGCGCCCCGCGCCUCCUGGCCCUCCAGCGGUGACUCACAGCUCAUCUCGGAGAAGGCGGCUCUCUCGGGAUGACUCACCAAGCCGCGGAGGUCCCCAGGGCCCCGUGCCAGCCCAGCCUGGGAGUGGCCAGCGCCCAGGAGCCAGGAGAGCGACCACAGGUCCCAGGCCCCCGGCCACAGCUGCUGCGCCCCUCAACACAGCUACCCCUGGACAAGCCACAGCAGCAGAAAAGAGGCCCCAAGAGGAGCAGCCCAGCAGGGACACGAAGACAGGAGCUGUCCCCCCCCGCCGCUGGCCGCAAGCCUGCCCGGCCAGGUGCCAUGCUGCCUGGCAGCCUGCAGCCCGACACUGCUCCAGCAGGCGGCAUCUCCUCCCAGGGCUUCCUGUGAGCCCUGAGGCCGGCCCGGCGCCCGGCCCCAGGAGAUCCAGAAGCCUCUGGCCGGCCCCGGAGAUCCAGAAUUCUCUGGCCAGCCCCGGAGAUCCAGAAGCCUCUGGCCGGCCCCAGGAGAUCCAGAAGCCUCUGUCCGACCCCAGGAGAUCCAGAGCCUCUGGCCGGCCCAGGAGAUCCAGAAGCCUCUGUCCGGCCCCAGGAGAUCCAGAAGCCUCUGGCCGGCCCCGGAGAUCCAGAAUUCUCUGGCCGGCCCCGGAGAUCCAGAAGCCUCUGGCCGGCCCCGGAGAUCCAGAAGCCUCUGGCCGGCCCCAGGAGAUCCAGAGCCUCUGGCCGGCCCAGGAGAUCCAGAAGCCUUCAGCGGCGGGCACCAGGCUCCUGGACACCCCCGGCCGACACUGA